AUGACUAAACUAGGUACAACUAUAUUACCAUCAAAAGAUAAAUUUAAAUUAUUAUUUAAAUUAUACUUUCAAUUUUUCCACCCACUUAUGCGUCGACUGGCCGAGGCUGGCCAUAGUGUAGAUGUGCUUAGCCCCUUUCCGGAUAGAGAGGCCCCGCCCGGCUAUACGGACUACGAUUUAGCGAGCGAAAUACACCUCAACGUUAUGGACUUAAAUGUCUUCGAGAGACGCAACUUUAUGUAUCACUAUCUGGAGUUCUUUAUGCUUCAUUCCUUGGGCAAAGAUACUUGCGAGCACGCCUUGAAUUCUCAGGCCCUUGCACGGAUCAUGAAGCGACCCCCUGGCUACUACGACGUCAUUAUUAUGGAACAAUUUAAUAAUGAUUGCCUGAUGGGCGUGGCAUAUCUGCUGCAAGCACCUGUGAUAGCUAUGAGCAGCUGUGCCAUGAUGCCUUGGCAUUACGAACGCAUCGGAGCUCCCGUAAUACCCUCCAUAAUAUCCGCUCAGUUUCUGGCACUGUCACAGGACAUGCCCUUUGCUGGACGCUUGGCCAAUUGGAUAACCGUCCACUCUUUCAAUUUAAUGUACAAAAUAUUUAAUACACCGGCGGCCAAUGCCCUGUUACGUAAAAGAUUUGGAGCUGGCAUUCCAUCGACGGGGGAUUUGGUGAAGAACACUUCCCUGAUUUUCGUCAAUCAGCAUUAUUCGUUGAGUGGCCCAAAACCCCUACCUCCCAGUGUUAUUGAAAUAGGUGGCAUUCACAUACAGCCGGCCAAGCCCCUACCCGAUGAGCUGCAACAUCUGCUGGAAAGAGCAGAGCACGGCGUAGUUCUGAUUAGCUGGGGCUCCCUCAUAAGAGCCAGCUCCAUGCCCCCCACCAAGCUGGAGGGCUUAUUGCACGCCAUUUCUCGAUUCAAGCAGCAGUUCAUCUGGAAGUGGGAGAACGAUACAAUGCCCAACAAACCGGACAACGUGCACAUUAUGAAAUGGAUUCCCCAGCGCGACAUUCUGGCUCAUCCCAAUGUCAAGGCGUUCAUGUCCCACGGUGGUCUUAUGGGCACGACCGAAGCUGUCCACUACGGCGUUCCGGUGCUCGGCACACCCAUGUACGGCGACCAGUUUCUCAAUAUGGCGGCGAUAGUUCAGCGCGGAAUGGCCGAGGUGCUCGACUAUAUGGAUAUAAGUGAAGACACGGUCUUUGCAGGGCUAACAAAAGUGCUGCAGCAUAGUUAUAAGGAGAACGCUUUGGCCGUCUCGAUGUCCUACAACGAACGCUCCCAAAAGCCUCUCGAAAAGGCACUGUGGUGGGUGGAGUAUGUGGCCAAGACCAAAGGAGCACCCCUGGUUAAGUCGCGUUCCGUGCAUAUGUCCCGCUUCGCCUACUACUCGCUGGAUGUUUAUUUGGUAAUUGGAAGUGUCUCGGUCUUAAGCCUGGCCAUCAUCUUUGGCCUGAUUCGCUUAUGCUGUACUGUAAGACAGAAAGACAGGACAAGGAAGCUGAAGAGUAAACGACAUUAGGAGGUCUAUUGAGUUACAAAAGCAUUCAUAAUCAGUAGAAUCAAAUUAUUCAUGACAGUCAACGAAUUUUAUAUUAUUCUCCAA